UACUUAAAAGUUAAUUUAGGAUAAUGGAUACUUCUAUGGAUAAAUCCAGUCAAAAUAUUUCGGAUCACAAUAGUGAACAAUUUGAUAAAAACACUGUCAACGACUUUAAUUUGUGUAAAUCUCAUGUUGCGUUAAAAAAAAAAUCAAAAGGCCGAUCAUUAAGAAGAAGAGAACUUUCAAAUGACGAACCUGAUGAAGAUGAUAAUAUAUUAGCUAAACUUGAUGAAAUGAAAACUAUGCAAAAACUAAGAGAUCGACCUAAUGGUGUUAAUAUUAUAAGUCUUGCUUUGGGAGAAAAACUUUCUCAAGAAGAUGAACAAUUAAUGGCCGAUCCAUUCAAAGUCAAAACUGGUGGUUUAAUUAAUAUGACAGCUUUAAAAACGGGACAAGUCACUCAAGUAGAAGAUGCCUAUGAUGUUGGGAUAGGUACUCAGUUUUCAGCAGAAACAAAUAAACGAGAUGAAGACGAUGAAAUGAUGAAGUACAUAGAUGAACAAGUUGCAUUAAGGACUGGUCGCAUUAAAGAGAAAGAUGAAGAGGAUAAUAUCAGUCCAAAUAAAUCAAAUUAUUGUCCUCCAGAAUUAGCAGCCUUGCAAGCGGUUCCAUUACAUUUACGAAGUUCAACUACACAUCGAUCUGAAGAGAUGUUAUCUAAUCAGAUGCUUAGUGGUAUACCUGAAGUCGAUCUAGGCAUUGACGCAAAAAUAAAAAACAUUGAGGCCACAGAAGAGGCUAAAAUGAAACUUAUUCGAGAUCGACGCAACAAAAAUGACGGUCCAUCACACUUUGUACCGACUAAUAUGGCUGUAAAUUUCGUUCAGCAUAACAGAUUUAAUAUAGAUCCCGUUGUUGGACCUGCAGGAAAAAAGAACGACAAAUCAUUGUUGCCUGCUAAACCACAAGAUAAAUCACAUGAGAAUAAUGGUGACAAAAGAAAAAAGAAAGAUAAUGCUACAGAUGAUUUUCAUUACGAACGGUUUAAAAAACAGUUCCGAAGAUAUUGAUACUUUGAUAUUAUAAUUUAUAAUAACAAUUGUAUUUUUUUACCGUAUUGACAUACCUAAUUUUGAUAUUUUAGUUCAAUUGAACACUUUACUACUUGUUAGUACAAUUUAUGUGGGUCAUGUAAUACAAUUUGUAUUAUUUUAUACACUUCAUCAAAUAUAUUUACACAGAUAA